AUGAAUGUGCGUUUAUCAAUAUUGAUAAUAUUUCUUGGAUUUUCGACUGUUGAAUGUCGAAAAUGUUUUACUCCUACUCUCCGCAUAUCAAGUGAUGUGUAUGAUAAAUGUCCAGAAAGUAUACCGAAGUGUUGUGGCACCAGACGAGAUAGGUGUGCUACGUCGUGCGUAGAUUUCAAAUGUGAAACAAAUGAUGACUGUGAUGGUUUAUCAUGUUGUAGUGGUAACUGCUCUAAUAACAAGAAUUGUUUACCUGUAUCAACUUGGGGAGUGGUAGGCAUUGCUGUUGUCAGUCUGUUUAUUUUGCUCACCUUAUUUCGUGCAUGUCAUUGGUGUCGUAAACGGAAACUCUGGACACGACAAGACACUAGAACCACUAGUGAAGAACAAACAAACAACGAGCCACCAUUUGUGGUAUCUGAUUUUGAUAAUCAUGGUUUUAUCACUCCAAUGGCACCACCAGCUUACGAGAGUGUGGUACAGAACACAGGAUCAAGAACUGAUGGCAACCCUCCAGUUUACAAUCUAAAUUUACAGACUCUAAUAAACAAUUCUUCAACAAAUGACCUUGGCUCCAAUAAUUUCGAAGUUAAUAUAUCUAUCAGGGGAUCAACCCUGUUUAAUAAUGAUUUUCCACCAUCGUACAGUGAAAUAAGUCAUUCAAGUGAUGAUGAUGAUAGUCAACCGCCAUUAUAUAGUUCAAGUCAAGGAGGUGUUGAAAAUUGUGAAGAAAGAAGACUGACACUUAGUUAUAGUGAUGAACCACCACCUUACAGUUUAAACGAGGAAUCACCAACAGAUCCAGGUAAUAUCACAACAGAUCCAAGCAUUGACGAAGAUUCCACCUUGAGUCAAGAUAAUACCUCCUCUGGGGAAGUUCAAAUAGUAAGCGGCUUUAUUCCAGAAGCUGACAAUGAACAAAUGUCACAUCAUAGUUCAAAUGUUCAUGAAAUUGCUCUUACCAGUUCUGAAUCUACACAUGAAAUAUCAAAUGACGAACAGUCAUGUUAUAAUGUAAACCAAGACGAAGACACUGCAUCAUCAGAUUUAUCGAAUAAUUCAAGUCAGAGUGAUAGCACAGUUUCGGUAACAACUACAACACAUUUUUAG